AUGAUUCCAAAACUAACAUACACUCGUAAAUAUUCCAAAACUAGCACAAAAUUUAUAUACAGAAAAUCAAAUAGCUUCUCCUUCUUUUUCUCGAACACUCCAUCUCCGUCGGAAUUAUCCACAUCAGCUCGCUUCAUCUCCGCCGGAAUCACUUCUCCUUCUCUUCCUCCUUCUCCUACGCUUCACCUCGACACCGAAUCGAUCCGACGAGUCUCCUGCUUUGCAAGAGAUGGAGAGGUAGAGACAGAUAAAUAUGCAAGGGGUGAUGUAACAAGGAAGACUCGUAUCUUAUUGGCUACAAAUGGAAGUGUGGCUGCAAUUAAGUUCAUCAAUUUAUGCUAUUGUUUCUGGGAAUGGGAUGAAGUCAAAGUUGUCGCUUCUCAAUCAUCUCUCAAUUUUGUUGAUAAACCUUCUCUUCCUCAGAACAUGACUCUCUAUACUAAUGAACAUGAAUGGUCUAGCUGGAACAAGAUUGGUGAUCAUUGCUUUUUGUCUACUAACACAUUGUGCAAGAUUGUUGGUGGGUUAUGUGAUAAUCUGUUGACAUGUUUAGUAAGGGCGUGGGAUUAUAGCAAACCGUUGUUUGUUGCAAAUGCAAUGAACACUUUGAUAUGGAACAAUCCCUUAACAGAACAUCACCUUGUGUUGCUUGAUGAACUUGGAAUUACUCUCAUUAGCCUGUAUAGAUUAUCGUAGUGUUGCAACGGCCCAUGGUGGUGUGUUUAUUAGAUUUACACCCGCAGACUUUCAAAUGGUAUGUAGGUUUGUAAUAUUUCACAUCAUUUAUGUUACAAAUGUUAUGUUAUGGAUGGUGUAUUUUGUGAAACUCGAUGGUUAUUAAAGCAAAUGGUAGUUUCUUAAAAA